CUGGUCACACCGAAGCGCACCAUUUUGUUACCAGCGUGAAAAUAAUCCCGGAACGCUCUGGUUUUACGAAAUAAAAAUAUAAAACUAACUACAAAACAGUCCAUAAAUUAGGUAUUCGUGCUGCAAAAGAUGGAUAACAUUGAGCGACUGUACAAAUGCUACGAGAUUCUUUCCGAGGCGGGCGAUAAGAUAUCCGAGCAUGUGGAAGAGUACAAGGAGAUAAUAAAGGCAGUAAAAGGGACUUCGAAGGAAAAAAGACUGGCCUCGCAGUUUAUAGGGAACUUUUUUAAACAUUUCCCCGACUUGGCCGACACCGCCAUCGACGCACAGUUCGAUUUAUGUGAAGAUGACGACACACAGAUUCGCCGGCAAGCCAUUAAGGACCUUCCCAAGCUAUGCCAAGGAAAUGCCGAAGCCACCACCCGGGUGGGAGACACCCUGGCUCAGCUGCUCGUCCUAGACGAUCCGUCUGAGCUGCAGCAGGUAAACAACUCCCUGCUGAGCAUCAUCAAACUGGACACCAAGAGCUCCGUCACCGGGCUGUUCCAACAAAUCACUUCGGGGGACGAGCCAACAAGAGAACGCUGCUUCAAAUUCAUCGCCACAAAGCUACUUACAAUGGGCCCCAAUGUGAUAACGAAGGAGAUCGAAGACUAUAUCGUGGAUGAGAUCAAGAAGGCCCUGCAGGACGUGACAGCCGAUGAGUUCCACCAUUGCAUGACAAUACUCGGAGCUACGAAGCUGGGCACCACCAUCACCGGACACGCCGAGCUAGUUAAACUGGCCACCGAGCAAGCAGAGCUCAAUAGCACCGACACUGACAUCAUAGCGGUUGACGACGAGGUUGUGGAGCGGUUCAUCCAGUGUGCCACUGCAGCGGCACCAUAUUUUUCGAAAACCAUUAAAUCGACGGCCUUUGUCGCGCAUGUGUGCGAUAAACUGCUGCCCAUCAAGACCUGGAACAUGAUCGCCACGGCAGUGUCGCAAGAUCAAAUCCAGCUCAGAUUGUUGAAAGUAUUUGCGGAAAUGGUAACCUACACUGACACCCUGGAGAAUGCCAGCGAGCGCAUCAACGCUGUCUACAACGUAUUACUGGAGUACAUGCCAUUGCCAAAAUUAAGUGAAGAGGAUCUGGGAGACACACCGCCAUCGUUUCAGUUUUCACACGCAGAGUGCUUACUGUACGCUCUCCACACUUUGGGCAAGAAACAUCCCAAUAGCUUAACUUUCGUCGAAGACCCGGAAAAACUAAAAGACUUCCGCGCUAGACUGCAAUAUCUAGCAAGAGGGACUCAAGGUUAUAUUAAGAAACUCGAAGAAGCCCUGAAAGGAAAGUCGGCUGAGGAGCUAAAGACCGAGGAGAACCAACUGAAGCAGACGGCUUUAAAGACGACGUCAAAUAUCAAUGUUUUGAUUCGCGAUCUAUUCCACUCGCCUCCUAUAUUCAAGCAUGAAAUUGUUCUGUCCUGGGUUGUACCAAAACCGAACAAGCUUGGGAAACGCCAUGCACCCAUUACAUUUGGGGACAAAGCUGCCGCCAACGGCAAGGAAAAGGAUCAGGAGCAGGAGAAAAAGGCGCGGCCAUCCAACGACCAAAAGUUCUACUCGCCGCCUUCUGGGAAAUAUUCGAAUAAAGUUAACCAGAAUUUCGGAAACAACAACAGGACGAGACAGCGUGGUGGCGGCGGUGGCGGCUACAAGAACAGACGCUUCAACAAAUACUAGAUUCUAGAAGCAAAUAAGCAACAGCAGCAGUAGUCAAUACUCCGAUUCGGUCUUUUAUCCUAGUCCUUAACGAAAAACCAAUCACCUGAGAUAAGAGUAUUUCCCACUUCGUACAGAAUAAAAAGCAAAACGUACAAUCUUCAAUGAUCCUGCAAUCCAUGCUACUAAUUAGAAAGGAAUGAACAGACUGCUGGUGAGUAUGAAUACAUUUUCCCACUAACCCAUCUCUUGGUAUACUUUCAGAUAAUCUUCAACAUUGUGAAAUGUUUGCAAUAUUUUUUGACAUUCGUUUGAUUUUAUUUUCUUCCAAAAAUCUCAAACUUUUAUUGUCUUUCGGGGACUUUAUAAGCAACACCACGCUAAACCAUCUCAUUUUACAUCCAAUUAAAGUUGGCGCUGGUGUUGCUUUGAACUGAAAUCCACGCCCAAUAUUCACAAUAUUAUGAAUUAAAAAUAGUUUAUAACGUUAAUGAAACGAAACCUGCAAUAUGAAAACUAUUUAACGAAAUUUACAUAAAGCUUCCUACAAGCUACCGAUCGAUUUUAUUGCCACCUAAGGCAAGGAUUAUACGGUUUUUGUUUUUAAAAACUUACCUUAGUUUUUAUUUUAACUUGUAUUGAAAGCAUUAUAUUGUACACAUAUACCCCCAAAACAUAAUUCACAUUGAAAGCAUACAUUUUUGAACUCAAUAAAGGCCACAUUACGCUAUUAAA